GACUGAACGUGUUCGUAAUGAGCUUGCAUUUUCGACGUAAGCUGUCAUUUUAUUUACCGUUCCCCCACCAGCUUUACAACCAUUGGGACAUAUUUCGAUAUUCACGAUUUCUCUGCAAUUAAUUAAAUUUUUAUAUGACUUUUGUUAUUUUUCGUAGAAGCUAGUUUGUAGAUUAUGGAUCGUCUUCUGCGACUGGGUGGCGGCAUGACGGGAUUGUCGCAAGCCCCACCGCCUACUGAUGCGCCUGUAGUGGAUACUGCGGAACAAGUUUACAUCUCAUCCUUGGCUCUUCUAAAAAUGUUAAAACACGGCCGUGCCGGAGUACCUAUGGAAGUUAUGGGUCUAAUGCUAGGUGAAUUUGUUGAUGAUUACACAGUACGUGUGAUUGAUGUAUUUGCUAUGCCACAAACUGGUACAGGGGUUUCAGUAGAGGCUGUUGACCCUGUCUUUCAAGCUAAGAUGUUGGAUAUGCUUAAACAAACUGGUAGGCCUGAAAUGGUGGUGGGCUGGUAUCAUUCACAUCCAGGAUUUGGAUGCUGGCUAUCAGGUGUUGAUAUUAAUACUCAGCAGUCAUUUGAGGCUUUAUCAGAACGAGCUGUAGCUGUUGUUGUUGAUCCCAUUCAAUCAGUUAAGGGUAAAGUUGUCAUUGAUGCAUUCCGUCUUAUCAAUCCAAACAUGAUGGUCCUUGGGCAGGAGCCAAGGCAGACAACAUCCAACUUGGGUCAUCUCCAGAAACCUUCAGUGCAAGCUCUUAUCCAUGGUCUAAACCGUCAUUACUACUCAAUCAGCAUUAAUUACAGAAAGAAUGAAUUAGAGCAGAAAAUGUUGUUAAACCUGCACAAAAAAUCAUGGAUGGAUGGUCUCACAUUAUCAGAUUAUAAAGAACAUUGUUCUAUUAAUGAGACAACCGUCACAGACAUGUUGGAACUUGCUAAAAACUAUAAUAAGGCUUUGGAAGAUGAGGAAAAAAUGACACCUGAACAACUAGCCAUUAAGAAUGUGGGCAAACAAGAUCCCAAGAGGCAUUUAGAAGAGAAAGUAGACAUAUUGAUGUCAAACAACAUAGUCCAAUCUCUAGGAGCGAUGCUUGACACAAUGGUAUUUAAAUGAUUGUGCAAUACAUUUUAUAUUUUAUAAAACCAAGACAGAGGAAUAAAGUCUCUCAGCUCUGUAGUCAUCCAUUUAUUGUAAGAUACUAAUUUACUUAGGCGUAUCUAUUGCUGAAUAAAACUAAUUCACAUUUUUAA